CAACAUCAGGCCUUUGGAGCGACAUUCCUCUUAAUGUUUGUUGUGGUUUUUAGCCCGCUCGCUCUUCCUCCCUCCCUACUUAAUCAAGUAAGGAACUGAGGUAGCUGGUAGCUUAAGUAGCUACUACUUAGGACGCAGGAUAGCUCACGCUUCUAUUCAUUUGGUUGGGAGAUAUUUAGGGACACACUUGGUCUAUUAGCUUGGAGGCCAUCGCUAGUAAGAGGUGAGAAGCUAGUAGCUUAAGUAGCUAAUGGUAUGAAUGCAGGAAGCUCAGGCUUCUUCAAGGAAGCUCCCCUCGCCAGAAGCCCUCCCACUGUUCAUUUGGUUUCUAGAUUUUGGGGAAAGCUUAACAUGUUGCCUUGAUGUUUGCCUCAAUGAAUCUUUGAGUCUUUUGGGCUCAAGAAAAGCUCAAUACACCCGUUCAAGUGCAAAAUGGCAGAGGAGGAAGAAGGCCCGAAGACCAACAAGGCGAGCGCAGAUGAUGAGUUUCUGCGCCAUCCUGAGACGGGUGCCUUCUUCAGGAACCCCCUGCGUGACAAGGCAGACAAGCCAAUCCUGAUGUCCUUGGGAGAGUAUGACUUCAAUUGCCUAGAUGACGCUUUGCAGACUUGGCACUGCGUCAGUAUGCCAGAGUCCGUGUUUCGAAAGACCGUGAUGGGCAAAGCUGCCAUUGAACCCACUGCCAUUGAUCCUUUGCAGAAAGCAGCACUACGUCGCUUAGAGCGAGUCACAGGGACCUACGAGUUCGUGGUUACAGUGCGGAAGACUCAAUUCGUGGCACCGCGAGGACAUCGCCGCCAUGGUGCUGUGAAUCCACAAGCCAUUCAUUUAGAGAAGCUCUACCUGGAUGUGGUGCCUGAGAUGGAUGGCUUGAGGCUACGAGUCGAGUACAUCGGCGAUGGUUUGGUCGCUGCCUGGAAUCGAGCGAAUCCAUACUUUGCCGUGCGACCAAACGAUUGCAUUGUGAAAGUCGAUGGAAAGCACAACAAUCUCGUGAAGGCGAUCACAGCUGCAGAGGAUGUGCUGAAGUUGACCAUGCAGCGAGUGACAGAUCGGACAGCGUCCAAAGCAAGCAUUUACACAGAGGAAAUGAUGCCAGGGGAGGCCGCAGGUGCUUGAAAGCACUUGGAAUUGUUGAGUUUGAUUUUUGUCGUCUGCUUCAAGCGCAUUUGCCUUGCAAACGCAAAGCUGAAUGCACUCUGUGCUUUGAAAAGCAACAGGGAUCCCACAGACGAGCUGGAGAGAAGUUCUGUAACAAGUUUUGAC